CAAUUUGUUAAAAUAAUGCCACCUCAACCGUUACAAUACGCUCAUUUGACAGAAAGUAAUUUAAAAGAACAUACAAAGUCCUUCGUGGAUAGGAUUGCCCUCCAAGAACAAUUUAUUUUAGACUAUGUUUUGGAACAGCAAAUAAUAAAUAAUGAAAAAUCGCAAAAAUCAGAAAAAACAUUCGCUGUCUUCAGAUUCGGAAAAAAGCAAAAUUUCAUCAUCAGGUCAUUCCCGAUAUUCCAUUGAACAUGAUCUACCAUCAAUAAAUGGUUCGCUCCUUAUAUCGAGAAAUCAAUUGCGAAAAUCAAAGCUAUCUGAAAUCAAAGAAUCCGAACCACAGAAUAGUAAAAAGAUAUUCUCUAAAAAGGACCGAAUUGGGAGUACGUUAUUAUUUGAAAAACUCCGGGAUAAACCUUUGAAGGAUAAGUCUCUCAAUAUCGAUCAUUGCAAUCAAAAAAACCGUAAGUCCUCUAAAAAGGAAAAGAAUAUCUCAAAGGCGGAUCGUCGUAAAAGUUGUAAAAGAGUUGAUUCUUUGCUUGCUAGCUCACAAAUAAUGCAGGUUCGAAUACAUGAAAUAAAUGAUUUAUUUAUAAAAAUACUACGAUUUUACAUAUUAUUAUAUAUUUUAUUGAACCAGCAGAAUUGGUCUUCGGAUAAACUUGGAACAAAUCGCGUAACUGUAAUUACAUUAAUAAUGACUUUUCUAAAUUCGCUAUAUAAAAAUUUCUUUUCAUUUGACAUCUUAUUAUAUACAACUUUUCAGCUCCGCUCAGAUAAUAAAGCUGGACUUGGGAUAUUUAAUAAAGGAAAGGCAUCGGAAAAAAUAAAGACCAAAGGAGUUCCUGAUUUGGUAUUCUCUGAAAUCGAUUUUCUUAAUUCGAACCCGUCCCGUAAACGAAGAAAUCAAAAUGAGGAUAAUUCAGGCCAAAAAAAUGGUUCUCGUCGCAAAAGUGAUCUACAAGACAAGACUCGAGAUACGGAUGAAACUUCAUCUGUGCACGAUUCCGCCUGUUGCAAGGAUUACAAGUCAAAGGUAGCUUCUUUGUCAGAAUCAUUUCACGAUUUAUUGGACGAAAAGAGCAUAUCUUCAAAUAAUUGUAGCAACGCGUCAUAUAGUCUAGCUAAUAAGAAAACUGGUUGUUCACCGGAAUACAAUCAUGUUGAUAAAAUGUCCGAACUGCAAGACGAACAAAAUAUUAUAUCUUCACAUUUUAUUGAUGAACAAAAAAAAGAGUCAUCUAAAUAUACUUCUUCACACAGCGAUAUACAUUCUUUGUCCAAUAAUAAUGGAUGUACAAAUAGUCCUGAAUCAUUUCAAAAACGGCGCUCUCGAAAAGACAAGCUAGUUACAUCAUCUUACUUUGCUAGUAAUAACAUAAAAUAUAAUCAGACUGAACGAGAAGAUAAUCCCUUUCUAAAUCAAAGUGUCGAAUCUUCACCAAAGCCCUGUUCGCCGGUUGUUGACACAAAUAAACAAGGUAUUUAUCAAAAGGAUUCUAAAGUUGAGGAAACUGCGCCUAAACAUGAAUAUGAAUCAUUAUCUGUACAAGAAAAGAUGACAAAUGAUAAUAUGGAAUUGGAUAAUGAUUCAAAACGACUGCCAGUUGAUGAAA